AGUCAAUGUUCAUAAAUCAUAGAUAUCAUCUCCAUCUACAAAAAUUAUUCGGGUUCCAUUUUCUCUCUCCUCCGCUCAGAAAAACAUUCCAACACGCAAACACAAAACUAUGAAGAUUUUCCAUAUCCCCUGCUUAGACGACAAUUACUCUUACUUGAUAAUCGAUGAUUCGACGAAAGAAGCUGCAGUUGUUGAUCCAGUUGAGCCGGAGAAGGUUCUAGAAGUUGCUAAGCAAAAUGGUGCAGAUAUCAAGCUUGUUCUCACUACGCAUCAUCACUGGGAUCAUGCUGGUGGAAAUGAUAAAAUGAAAGAGCUGGUUCCUGGAAUCAAGGUUUUUGGUGGUUCAAUUGAUAAUGUAAAAGGAUGCACUGAUAAAUUGGACAAUGGUGAUAAGUUAUCCUUGGGAGCUGAAGUCAACAUCCUGUCACUUCAUACACCUUGCCACACCAAAGGCCAUAUAAGUUACUAUGUAACUGGCAAGGAAGAUGAGAGCCCUGCUGUUUUCACCGGAGAUACUAUGUUUAUUGCUGGUUGUGGCAAAUUUUUUGAGGGUACGGCAGAGCAGAUGUACCAGUCACUUUGCGUGACAUUGGGUUCUUUGCCAAAGCCGACUAGAGUUUAUUGCGGUCAUGAGUACACGGUGAAGAACCUUCAGUUUGCUUUGACGGUUGAAUCUGAGAAUGCAAAGAUAGCGGAGAAACUGGCUUGGGCUCAGAGUCAGCGAAAUGCUGGUUUGCCCACGAUUCCAUCAACCAUUGCAGAGGAGCUAGAAACUAACCCGUUCAUGCGGGUCGACACAUCUGAGAUUCAGAGAAAAGCUGGUUCCGACUCCCCUGUAGAAGCCCUUCAGAAACUAAGGAAACUUAAAGAUAACUGGAGAGGCUGAUAAAGGAGUUAUCUGUGUGUUUUUUAGUUCUGGUUUGUAAAUCAAAGGAUGCCGUUCAGUCAUACUUUAAAAUAAUCCUGGGCACCCAACUUUGCACAAAUUUCCGGAAAAAGGCUUCAUAAACUCUUUAAGAAAGAAAUGCACCAGUUUAUGAGACAGCAUUAGAGCUUGUAAGUAAUACAACAAGCAGUUAAGUUGUCCUCCCACUUUCCCCCCAUUUCUGAGACACUUUAAUGUCUUGCAUUUCAUUUUUAAAGUUACAAACAUGUGAAUCUAAUUGCAAUAUGUAAUCCCCUUUUCUUUAUAUAAUUACCUUUUAUCCAUAGAAAA